AUGAUAUCUUUGAACAUGUGGUAAGAACAAUAUAAUUUUGAUUUUCUUCAGUUUUUAGGUAUCGGAUCAUGAUGAAAUUUGGUGAGUAGUUGAAACAAAGUCUUUUGAUGGUUUGUGAUAAGUUUCAACCGUUUGUGGCUAUUGUGUCAAUAGUUAUGAGCAAAACUUUUUGAAGUACUUGAACAUGAGGUAAUUGUUAUGUAACUUUGGAUCUGUUUGAUUUUUAGGUAUUAGAUUAUGAUGAAACUUCUUGGAUAGUUGAGGUAGAGUCUUAUGAAGGUUUUUGACUAUUUUCAAUUGUUUUUGUUAAUUGGUUCAAAAGUUAUGAUUAAAAGCUCAGAGAGAUUUGAAGACGUUUUUGAGGUACAUUGGUAUUUUUUAGCUUUUAUGGAAUUUUUAAAAGAAAUACUUAUUAAUUUUAUAUAGUUUAGAAUGUGCUUGAUAUUUUUCGUUAUGAUUUAGAGGGUUUUGCAUUUUAGAAAGUCAGAAACACUUUGUUUUAGACGCCUGUACCAAGGUUCCUUAUGUUAACAUCGAAUUUUUGCAGAUUAUUGAUCAAUUCUGCCGUUAUAAAGCCGGUGUCUUACUUUUUGGGUGAUUAUGUUCACCGAGAAUCUUAUUGAUGUGAUGUUCAAGAAAAAUCUCACUGGUUUCUGGUUGUAAUCUAUCUAUUUUGGCACGUUUUUGAAUGCUUCGUUGACAGUGUAAUUUAGGUAUGUUUGUUUAGAAACGUCAUUACUAGGGACAACAAUUGAUUUCCUUUCUUUGCUUUUGGGGAGAAUUUAUUAGAAUGGUCAAAAAGUUUUUAGAAUAAGGUGUUUUUAGCCCAUUUUUGAAAUUUUUUAGAAAAUUUGAAAUUUGGUUUUAAAAAAAUUUUUUAAAAAUGUGAAAAAAGCCGAGUUAUUUUGACUGACUUUACCUGCACUGACUGGUCGAAUUACGCUUUUUUCCUGAUUUAGUAAGUUUUUUGGUUUUGUAAGUGUUUUUAUUGCUUUAGGCUGAAAUACGUCAAUUCUUACUGUAACAUAAAUUAGAAAAUUUAAAAAAUUAUAAUUUUCAAGUUUCAGGAAUGGCCAACAAGAAUUCGAGCAAAAGACCUCAAAGUCUUCGAAAUCCUCGUCCAAGAGCGCCAGUCCUCCGCCGAAGAAGGAACCUGGACUGUUGGGUCAAAUGGCAGCGACAGCCGGCACUACAGCCGUGGGAUCGGCCGUCGGUCAUGCUGUUGGUCAUUCUCUUAUUGGUGGACAUAAGGGCAAGCUUUUUUGAAAUUUGAUGGAAAAAUUAAGGUAGGGUGAGGUAAGGUACUGAUUUAUGGGCUACUGUUAGGCUAAUAUAGAAAAAUUGAAAAUUUUUUGAAAUUUUUAAAAGUUUAGAAAAGUUCAUUUUAGACUCCCCGAAGCAGUCGGAUCCAAUGAAGAAGCCGUGUGAAGAACAGUGGCAGCAGUACGUGGAUUGCUUGGAGGUGAACAAGGACCCACAGCUUUGUCGCCAACUCCUUGACCUCUUCAUUGAUUGUCGCAAAAAGACGGAUGGAAAAUAA